AUGCAGUACAACCCCGGCUGGAACGACUCCUCUGUCAACCUGCUUCACGUGCGGGCGGUUGGGCCCGCUGACACCCUGCACUACGUCUGGAGCAGCAUUGGGGCCCCCGCGGUGCUGCUGGUGGCUACGGCGAGCAGGAGCAGCACCCUGCGCGUCAACUGGACCCAGCUGCUCUCGCCCGCUCCUGCAGGCGCCAUCUGGAUCGACCCCCCCAGCAGCGUUGUCUACUCCACCGCCGUUGUCUUCACCAAGGUGUUUGAGUACAGCGAGGCCAAAACGCUGGAAGAGCUCUUCUACCCCACGUACGACCUGUCUGACUUUGCCUGGGACAGCGUCAAUCGCACCCUGAACCACACGGCCCUGACGGCUGAGUUCACAGGCAUCCCGGCCACUGACCCCAGCGGCAGCUUCUCCAACGGCAGCCUGGCGUUUCGGGUGACAGCCUACGAGGCCAGUGGCCGUGACGGGCCCCUGCCCAGCCUCCUGCACACGGCAAACAGCUCUAAAGUGGAGUUUGUCCUGGCUGGGGUGGUGCCGCGGGGCAACAGCUCCCGAUUUGUGCUGGAGCUGGCCAUGGUGGAGGAGACAGGGGUGGUGCAGAAGCUGCGCUCGACACGCUCCAUCGACGAUGAGUACACUCCCACCAUCUUUGAGAUGCUCUCCCUGGUAGCCAAGUCCCAAAAUGACAGCUCCACGCUCAGCUUCCUGCAGUGGAAGGCGACAGCCUACGGCUCCCAGACCCCCAGGCGCGAGGACAGCAUCCAGUGCCGGCCUCGCGGCCUGCAAGCGGCCAACUGGACCCUGCCCGUGUCCGGCAUUGUCCACGCCUACUUUGGGGAGGGUGUAGGCAGCACCUACACCAUCAGUGCCAUCAAUAUCUCUUUUGGGGGAGAGGAUGGAAAGGGUUACCAGGAGAAGCGCUACCUCAGCUGGUCGGCGCUGCUGGGAUUUGGGCAGCCCCCCGAGGACACCUUCUCCCCCCUCGUCAUCUCCAUCAUGGCCGUGGCACUGGGCACCCCCGUGGUGAUGCUCCUGGUGGGCAGCUGCGUGGUCCUCUUCGCUCAGAGGAAACGCUACUCUGAGUACGAGCCCAUCAACUGAAGGGGACGGUCCUUGGAGGGACCCCCAGGAUCCUUCUUGUCGCCAGGAAACGACCGUGGCUGCUGCAGGGGCUCCAGUGCCUGCAACCUCCUCUCUGUCCUCCGCUCCGUCCCCGCAGUCCGGGCUCAGGGGGGACCAGGGCAACAUUUGCAACAGUUGCCCAGGUCGAGUACCCCUCUUGUCCUGCUCCCUCCUACUGCCCAGAUCCUGCGCCUGGUUACACUUCUUUCGCUGUUUUUUCC